CACCUAAUAUACAAAUACCCUCAGGUCUCCACAGCAACUUCCCACUAUAACCCCAAGACCUCAUCAUCGCAACUUCCCUCGACAUCCAGGUUACUGUCCCCUCUCCCCUUCAAAACAAUCCAAACUCGUUCCUCUCCAACCACUUCUCAUCAACCCAAGACCCUCUAUCUCAUCAUGUCCCUCCUCCCCGCCCCCCGCCGCAUCGUCACCGGCCACAACGGCCGCGGCCGCGCCAUCGUCGUCGCCGACAGCCCUGUCCCGUGCGAGCCCACGCCGCUAAAAUGCAACUUCGCCGUGCUCUACGAAACGCACCAGUUCCCCGCGUCGCUCGACGAGUGGGAGGACCCAAUCACGACGCGGACAAAAAGCCUAGCGAACGACAAGGGCGUCGUGUUGAGAGUCGUGGAUUUCCCGGCCAAUACGAAGACGAUCUACCAUCGGACUGAGUCGCUUGAUUUCGGGAUCUUGCAUGAGGGCGAGAUUACGUGCCAUCUCGAUGACGGUGUGCGUAUUGAUAUGAAGGCGGGAGAUGUCUGUGUGCAGAGAGGCACGAUUCACGGAUGGACGAAUUACUCGGAUAAGCCGGCGAGGGUUUACUUCAUCUUGACGGCGGCGACGCCGGUGAAGAUUGAUGGGAAGGAGUUGAGGGAUGAGGGUUUUGUGAGGGAGGAGGUGGAGUCGGGAGGAGCGCAGUAGGCUGGGUGAGUGUGCAGGGGUGGAUGGAGAGGGUAGGAUUUGGGGGAUGGUGGAAAAUGGGUGUCGUGUAAGGUUUUUCGGGAGGCUAUCUAGAUCGAUUAAACGAUUGCAUCCGAUUUCAAGAUCUUAGAGUAUGCUAAAUGACUUCCCACACCGCCUUGAAUAUAAGGGGAAAAAAAGAGGUGAAGGGUAUUGUUUAAUCUGGGAGCAGAUGCAAUGGCUGAGGGGUGGGAGUUGAGCGGGAGCUAGAUAAGAUUUUUCGUGGAGUUGACAAUCUUAGAAGUCCUUCAAGAUACCAAGGGACUUCAUCCCUGAAUGUGAAGUUUCAGAUAGUCAUAUUAGUAGCAGGGAUUUCACUCACAAAGACAAUUUAUGA